GGAUGAAUUUAAACAGAUAUCAGAAGAUCUGCUUGCGAUUCUUUCGCAUCAUCAGAUGUCUUUUCCCGGAUGGCCAAGAUAACUCAGCAAACUCGAGGGAGGAAACCUUUAAUAAAACAGGUGUUGGGAUUUGGCUUUGAAGACCUUACACAUGAAGUUUCUGUAGUCAUUUUUAAGAAGUUGAAGGUUCUCCAUUCCCAUUGGGCUAUUUAGAUUAGGGACGCCUUGGAGAGAGUUCCUUCAUGAAGUAUUAAAGGGACACACUCUCAGCUAGAAAACCAUUUCGUUGCUUUCAACUCCUCGAGUUUGAAUAUGGUUCGGACUAAAGCAGACAGUGUCCCGGGCACCUACAGAAAAGUGGUGGCCUCUCGAGCCCCCAGGAAGGUGCUUGGUUCCUCCACCUCUGCUGCUAACUGCACGUCCCCUUCGUGGAGGAAAGCUGAAAAUAAGUAUGCAGGAGGGAAUCCAGUUUGUGUGCGCCCAACUCCUAAAUGGCAAAAAGGAAUUGGAGAAUUCUUCAGACUGUCCCCUAAAGAUUCUGAAAAAGAGAAUCAGGUUCCUGAAGAGGCAGGAAGCAGUGGCUUAGGAAAAGGAAAAAGAAAAGUAUGUCCUUUGCCACCUGAUCACACAGAUGACGAAGAAGAAUAGAACUUUUUUAUUCAUCCUUGACUAAUGUCUUCUAUUUACCCUGGUGUUCUAGGAUGUAAAUGUGCAUAAAUCUAUUUGUUCCAGUUAGCAUUGUUGAAUAGACAUGUAAUUUAAAAAAAUGAGGGUUACAUAUAGUUAUUAA